AUGCAGCUGCCGCCACUGUCAGUCAUACUGAGCUGGCCAGCCCCCAACUAUCACGACCCAGUAACGCGAGGGCCAGCCCUUGUCAUAGUCAACUCGAUCUUCAUAGCACUAACAUUCCUGAUUUUGUUCGCAGUGGGCCUCACAAUUAUUGUCCUCUUGGCGAACAAAUCGUACGGAUGGGAUAGACAUGUUUGGGACAUACCAGUUUCCAAGUUUGUUCCAACAUACAAAAUCGCCAUGGCGGCCAAGGUAAUCUUCACAGCGGCAGCAACCUUCACAAGACUCUCUCUCCACUGCUUCUACUACCGUCUGGUCUCUGAUUCUGGGAAAUUAUGGUUCAGGUGGCUGGUCCACUUUAAUGUUUUCUACACAAUCGGCAUCUUUAUAUCAUUUAUCUUCAUCGCGAUAUUUCUUUGCGUGCCCGUCAGAAAUUACUGGACUCUUGGCGCGCCACCAGAGACCUGCUUGGAUGAAGCAAGUGUAACUCUAAUUGUUGGAAUAAUCAACUGUGUUGCAGAUCUUCUGACGACAGUGACACCUAUUCCUUUGGUGCUGCGCCUACAAAUGCCUCUCCAUCAACGUCUCGCCGUGGCUUUUUUCUUUGGCAUGGGCUUCAUAGUGACUGCUGCCGGUAUCGUGCGAACCUGGUUCAUAUAUCGAAGUCUUUUCAACGAAUGGGAUCAAACAUGGUAUGCGUAUCCAUUAUGGAUUGCAGCUGCCGUAGAGAUUGAUCUGGGAGUGAUGUGCGCGUCAGCUCCCGUCCUCAAGCCACUGCUCGCCAAGAUACCCUGGAGUCUGUCCGGAGCGCUGACAGGAGGCCUAUCUUUCAAGAAAUCGUCACUCGGCACCUCCAAAACACUUACGGCCGGUCAAUCAGCAGCCUUCAUGUCAAAACGAAGAUCCACCGCUCCCCAAAGCGUACCAGAGCUCAUGCAUGACAAAGGUCAUAGUUACGAGAUGAAAAAUUGGGAAGAUGCGACACCAGGAAGGAUGGACACCGAUUUAGAAAGAGGCAACGAAGAGACGGUUCCCAAAGAAGAGGAAAGGCCAAAGAGUGGCAUGAUGUGCUGGCUACAAAAACUUCGGCCAAACUACUCGGCGACAAACAAGGGCCGGGACAUGACAAUCACCUUGACCAGCCAAGUGGAGCUAAAGAGCGAACCUGUGGUAUCGCGCGAUGGUCCAGCGAGCCCAUACAAGUCUUUUCACGACAAUCAUAUGCCGCUUCCACCAUCGGGACCUGCACGAGCUACGCCGACCGACGAUCGAAUAAGAAAUUCCGGUAGUUGGGUAUGACAGCGGUAGAGC